AUGGCCACCACCUCGCACAUGUUCAUGUACUCGCUGACGAUCCAGCCCCCUACUGCGAUCACUCAGGCCAUCCUUGGUCAGUUUGCGGGUACUAAGGAGCAGCAGAUCGUCACUGCCUCUGGGUCCAAGCUGACCAUCCACCGUCCUGACCCAUCUCAGGGAAAGGUCACCCCGAUCUAUUCCCAAGAUGUCUUUGGCAUCAUUCGUUCGUUGGCAGCGUUCCGACUGGCUGGAAGUAACAAAGAUUACAUUAUCAUCGGGUCUGAUUCAGGUCGCAUCACGAUCAUCGAAUAUGUUCCCUCCCAGAACCGCUUCAACCGGAUCCACUUGGAAACAUUUGGCAAGUCUGGGGUUCGCCGGGUUGUUCCGGGCCAGUACUUGGGCGUGGACCCCAAGGGUCGAGCGUGCCUAAUUGCCUCUUUGGAAAAGAACAAGCUGGUCUACGUUCUGAACCGCAACUCUCAGGCCGAGCUCACUAUCUCGUCUCCACUUGAGGCACACAAGCCACAGACCUUGGUUUUUGCCAUGACGGCCCUGGACGUGGGAUAUGAAAACCCCGUCUUUGCUGCUCUUGAAGUGGAUUACUCGGAAGCCGACCAGGAUCCCACUGGCCAAGCGUAUGAGGAGAUCGAGAAGGUCCUUGUCUACUAUGAGCUUGACCUGGGCCUCAACCACGUUGUCCGUAAAUGGUCUGACCCUGUCGAUCGUACGGCCAAUAUGCUGUUCCAAGUGCCAGGAGGAGCCGAUGGCCCCAGCGGUGUUCUUGUGUGCGCGGAGGACAACAUCACCUACCGUCACUCGAACCAGGAUGCCUUCCGUGUGCCCAUUCCGCGCCGGACUGGACCGACCGAGAACCCAGAGAGGAAACGCACCAUUGUGUCAGGCGUGAUGCACAAGAUGAGAGGCGCCUUUUUCUUCCUCCUUCAGACGGAAGACGGCGACAUGUUCAAGCUGACCCUUGACAUGGUCGAAGAUGAGAAUGGUCAACUCACUGGUGAGGUCAGACGGUUGAAAAUCAAAUACUUUGACACCGUCCCCGUUGCCUCCAGCUUGUUGAUCCUCAAGAGUGGUUUCCUCUACGUCGCCAGCGAAUCGGGCAACCACAACUUUUACCAAUUUGAAAAACUUGGUGAUGACGAUGAGGAGACCGAAUUCAGCAGUGAUGACUUUUCCGCCGACCCCUCUGUUCCCUAUGACCCGAUAUUUUUCCGCCCUCGCCCCGCGGAGAACUUGAACCUCAUGGAGAGUCUCAACUCACUCAACCCAUUGACGGAUAGCAAGAUUGCCAAUCUCACUGGUGAUGAUGCUCCACAAAUAUACACCGUGGGUGGAACCGGUGCUCGCAGCUCCUUCCGAACACUGAAGCAUGGGCUGGAAGUCUCAGAGAUCGUCGAGUCAGAACUUCGAACAGUACCCUCAGCAGUCUGGACCACGAAACUGACUCGUGGUGAUGAGUAUGAUGCUUACAUCGUGCUCUCCUUUGCCAAUGGUACUCUUGUCCUCAGUAUCGGUGAGGUCGUGGAAGAGGUUUCCGACACUGGAUUCCUCUCUACAGCCCCGACACUUGCAGUGCAACAGCUGGGCGAGGACUCUUUGAUCCAAGUCCACCCUCGCGGUAUCCGUCACUUGAUGGCUGAUCGCCGUGUCAACGAGUGGCCCGCACCGCAGCACCGAUCCAUCGUUGCUGCGGCUACCAAUGAACGUCAGGUGGCUGUCGCUCUGAGUUCCGGCGAGAUCGUCUACUUCGAAAUGGAUGCCGAUGGAUCGCUGGCAGAAUACGACGAACGCCGUCAGAUGUCUGGCACUGUUACUUGCUUGAGUUUGGGCGAAGUUCCCGAAGGCAGGAUGCGCAGUUCUUUCCUGGCUGUUGGCUGCGAUGACUCCACUGUCCGCAUCCUGAGCUUGGAUCCAGAUUCCACUCUUGAAAACAAAUCCGUGCAAGCUUUGACGUCGGCACCCUCGGCUCUCAACAUCAUUGCUAUGGCCGACUCGAGCUCCGGUGGCACCACACUUUACCUGCACAUCGGUCUCUACUCCGGUGUUUACCUCCGCACCGUACUGGAUGAGGUCACCGGCGAGCUUUCUGAUACUCGUACGCGUUUCCUGGGCGCAAAGCCCGUGAAGCUUUCACAAGUCUCCGUGAAGGGCCAAACUGCAGUCUUGGCUCUCAGCUCGCGCCCAUGGCUCGGAUACUCUGAUAUUCAAACAAAGAGCUUCAUGCUCACACCUCUCGACUGUGCUAGCAUUGAAUGGGGCUGGAACUUCUCUAGCGAGCAGUGCGAAGAGGGCAUGAUUGGUAUCCAGGGCAAAAAUCUACGAAUCUUCUCUAUUGACAAGCUUGACAACAACAUGCUGCAGGAGUCAAUUCCCCUGGCUCAUACCCCCCGUCGCUUUGUUAAGCAUCCUGAGCAGCCCCUCUUCUAUGUCAUCGAAUCCGACAACAACGUUUUGUCCUCUGCGACACAACAAAGCCUCAUUGAGGACUCAAAAGCUCGCAAUGGUGAAGCUCAGAUCCUUCCCCCGGAAGACUUUGGCUACCCUCGUGGUACCGGACACUGGGCAUCAUGCAUUCAAAUUGUGGACCCCGUCUCCACUAAGCAAGUGGUCUUCACUCUUGAAUUGGAAGAAAAUGAGGCCGCAGUCAGUAUUGCUGCAGUGCCAUUCUCUAGUCAAGAUGAUGAGACAUUCUUGGUUGUCGGAACGGCCAAGGAUCUGACUGCCGAUUCUCCUUCAUCAGCCACUGGUUUCAUUCACAUCUAUCGCUUCCAAGAAGACGGCCGAGAACUGGAGUUCAUUCAUAAGACUAAGGUUGACGAACCUCCUUUGGCUCUUCUUGCCUUCCAGGGCCGAGUGCUUGCCGGUAUUGGUUCGCUUCUCCGGCUGUACGAUCUGGGCAUGAAGCAGCUGCUUCGUAAAUGCCAGGCCCAUGUUGUGCCACAUACCAUCGUCGGUCUUCAGACACAAGGAAGCCGAAUCAUUGUCAGCGACACACGCGACAGUGUAACUUAUGUCGUUUACAAGUAUCAGGAGAACAUCCUGAUUCCAUUCGUGGAUGAUACCAUCGCACGGUGGACCACAUCUACUACGAUGGUCGAUUAUGAAACUACUGCUGGUGGUGACAAGUUUGGCAACAUCUGGCUGCUUCGUUGCCCCAGCAAGUUCUCCGAGGAGGCUGACGAGGAUGGGUCUGGUGCUCACCUUGUCCACGAGAGAGGCUACCUUCAGGGAACGCCCAAUCGUCUAGAGCUCAUGGUCCAUUACUACGUGCAAGACAUUCCCACCGGUAUACACAAGGCGCAGCUGGUGGCCGGUGGUCGUGACAUCCUUGUCUGGACCGGCUUCCAGGGCACUGUUGGUAUGUUCGUUCCCUUCGUCAGCCGUGAAGAUGUCGAUUUCUUCCAAAGCCUGGAGAUGCAACUGGCUUCACAACACCCUCCCCUGGCUGGUCGGGACCACCUGAUCUACCGCGGUUACUAUGCCCCUUCUAAGGGUGUCAUUGACGGUGACUUGUGCGAGAUGUACUUCUUGUUGCCAAACGAUACGAAGAUGAUGAUUGCCGCCGAGCUCGAUCGCUCUGUGCGCGAGAUCGAGCGUAAGAUCUCGGAUAUGCGAACGAGAGUGGCUUACUAA